AUGGACUACAGCUUGCUCGGUCCAGGUUCCCCGAUCUCCAAGUCCCCACCCCCCUCUCCCGGGCUAGCGAUUUGGGAAAGGGAUAGGAGCUCGGAAAAAGCAGCAUUGGGCCCUUCCCCAGGACCGACGAAGACUUCCGACGAAUGGGAAGGGCGUUAUACGCCUUACGGACCCGAUCCGUCGUCUUCUGUAUCCUCGUCUUCGUCACCCGUCUCGCCGUCAUCACCACAUCCACCCACUUUGCCAUCUGCACCACCUCCAACUUCACCAGGCUCAACAUCGUGCACCACCGCCACCACCACCAUCACCGCCUUCAUACCACCAGCUGCCUCAUCUCGGCACACCUUGCCACCACCGAUGCAUCCUCCAACAAGUGCACUUCCCCCGCCAGGCUCUCAUUCUCCCAUAUCUCCUCCGCGUCCAACCCUACAGAACCAGCACCCGGAUGACAGUAUUUAUAGGGAGGUGACGCCGUUGGCCGAGCCCAAGGAGCCGACCCAGUGUACCUCCAGCGUUCCGCCCACGGCGACGGAGCCGUACGGUUACCAAGAAUGGGAUCUCUAUACGUCCUACGGUCCUGAACCUCAGGCUCCUGCCGGAUUCGACAAGUCGGAUCCCAGCUGCGACUGCACCAACCUCAAAGGCCUUGACCUCAAGCUCAGUCGAGAACACGGUCGUAGCUACAGGGUCAGUGGCUAUGACCCCUGGAGCGAGCUCCGAGACCCCUUACCAUCCAGGGGAUGUCAGCGCUCAGCGCUGGCGCGAGAAUGUAAUAGGAAUCCACCAUUCGAGGAGGCGAAGUAG